ACUUCAACUUUUUACUAGCACCAGUGAACUACAGCUCUAUUGGAAGAGCAAGCCUUCUGAUUACAAAUCUAUUGAAGAAGUAACCCUUCUAAUUAAUAGACAGUUUUGGUGUAACAAAUAAUAUUCGAGUUAAAAGUCUUUGGAAGCUUCCUUAAAAAGGUUAAGCUAUAUUUAAUACCCAAGUGCAUAUCUUACUUCAGCGCUCCUACUUUCUUGUUGCUUUUUUCUGGAAUUAAACGUCGGCAAAAAUGGUUGUUAUGUCGAGGAAGAUGAAGUUGUUCCAGAUAUGCUUUAGUGAGCCGGACAAAACUUACAGCAGUGGCGAUAAGGUGUGUGGCCGCGUGCUGUUGGAGGUGGUCGAGGUGAUGCGUGUGCAGGUUGUCCGGAUGCAGGCGUGUGGUGUUGCUUCGGUGCAGUGGAGCAAGGAAUGCAAGCAACAAGUGGAGUACCUGCGGUACGACGAUGUAUUGCACUUAGAAGAUAACUCGACAGAUGUUGAUGGGUCAAUCAUUUUGAGGCCGGGCAACAAGUAUGAGUUUAAGUUUGGAUUCGAGCUGCCCCAAGGACCUCUAGGUACUUCAUUCAGAGGAAAGUUUGGCACUGUGGAGUAUUGGGUCAAGGCCUUGGUGGAGCGACCAAACCACCCACCCCAUGAGACAUUGCAGAAUUUUGAGGUUCUGGAGCCAGUUGACAUCAGCACUCCAGACUUGAUGGUUCCUGUAUCCGCUACCAAAGAAGAAAAGGUGUCCUGCAUGUUCAUUCCAGAUGGCCAAGUAUCCGUCUUUGCCAAGAUUGACCGACAGGGUUUUUGUGAAGGAGAAGAGAUCUGCAUAAAUGCCAACUUUGAGAAUACCAGUUCUCGCAUUGUGAUGCCCAAAGCAGCCAUUAUUGCCAAGCAUACCUACCUGGCAAAUGGGCAGACUCGAGUUUACAAACAGAAGAUCUCCAGAGUUCGAGGUGACCACAUUGUCUCAGGCAUGUCUGACUGCUGGCGGGGAAAGAGCAUUCGUGUUCCAAAGAUCAAGCCAUCUAUUUUGGGCUGUCACAUCCUUCGGGUUGAAUACUAUCUUAUGAUUUAUGUCCAUGUGCCUGGCACAAAAAAGGUUAUCCUGGAAUUGCCAUUGGUGAUUGGCACCUCCUCCUCUGGUCACAGCAGCCGUAUAUCCAGUGUUGCAUCUGCUGGCAGUGUAGCAAGCUCUGAAAUGAGUUGGGUGUCUCUCAACAUCCCCGACAAUCCUGAAGCACCUCCAUGCUACAUGGACAUCAUUCCAGAGGACUACCAACUGGAGAGCCCCACCUCACCCCUACUUGAUGACUUGGACAGUUCUUAUGAUGGACCCAUCUUCAUGUAUACCCCUGAAUUCAAGUACAUGCCACCACCCACAUACACAGAGAUUGAUCCUUCUGUGAACCAGAACGAGGUCACCAAGUGAAGAGUUUCACACACAUCAUUCUUAAAUCUGGACAAGAGUUCUACAGUGUUUUGCACAAAUGAGCAGAAAAGACGGUCUUUGGUUAAGACGUGUCCUGCGACUGGAGAAGAUGUCAGGUGACACCAUUUUCUGCAGGGUUGGUUAACCCUGGCGGGAAUAGCAAAGGAGCUUUUGGUUCCAUCUUCUGCCCUUUCUACGAUUGAUUUUGAACAUUUCAUAAUUUAAAAAAAUUGCAGAAGAAAAGGUGCCUUGACUUGUUCCACUACACUCCUAAGAGUUAGAUACUGUAUUAAGUCUUUUGACACAAGUUGCUUUUCAUCCACCUAGCAGUUGAUGCUCUUAAUACCUGCUUAGGGUUCGGGAUCCUACUGGGGCCCUUUAGUGAGCACUUGAUCUCAGGGUUUCCUAUUGCUGUGUCAGUAUAAAGCAAAACACUUGUUCAUGUGAGUGACUUGUGCUUCCAUUUCAUGGCAAGUAGUCAAAGCAGUCAUUACAUGCUUUUAUUCAGUGGCUUUUCAUCCUGUUUAUGAAAGUCGUAUGUGAGUGAAACCUCUCCUUAAGGACAUUUUUUGCAACAUUUUUAUUGUUUGGUGUUUUGUAAGGGAGGUUGUUUAGAGGUGUUAAUAAUGAGCCCAUGCAGCAUUAUUUUCCGUCAGUGGCAUCUUGCUGCUUCCUUGAUUUUUUUCUCUCUUGGUUUCUAGUGUAGGCCUGAAGACUACUAAAAUGAGAGCAUGCAUGUUCACAUGCCUGUGUUUUGUAGCAUUCCAUGUUGUAUGAAGAAGGGCAUUUUUUUCUGCUGAGCAGAACUAUUUGGGAGGAAAUCCUAUAAUAUGGGCAGCCGUUGUAACAAAACUAGAAUGGCACUAACCUGGGAGAUGGGAUCAUUUGGAGGACCCCUUUUUCAUAUGUCACGCCAUAGCAGUAUACGGUGGUUAAGGUGGUUAAAGACCUCAAGAGUGGAAAUUCAGUUUUUCAUAUUUGUUUUUCCACAUUUUAUUUAGCAUUAACAAGCAUUUGAGGUAUCCUGUGUUAUUUGUCUAAGCUGUGUUAAAAUGCUCCUUGAAUGUCAGUAUUUUUUUAUAGCACUUUUGUUAACUGUGACUGCCGUUUUAUUUAAUGAUUUUGUUGUGAGAUUUUGAAGCACUUGUACAAGAAUAGAAAAUUGGAGAGAAUCUGUUCACUGCUGCCUAUCUGCUUGUGCUUCCUUUGUGUUACCUUUGAGUCUUCCAUUCUGUUGAAAAUGUAUGUAUGGUUUGAGCAAACUGAAAAAGCCCAUCAGUAUAGAAAUGCUAAGCAGUGUCAGUGCAUCAGAUUGCUUGGUUUGUUAAAUUUUGAAUGCUUAAAAUUAAAUGUACAUAGUGUUGCAGUUGAUUAGUUCAUUCUGAUUAAACAUGUUUUCCAUGAAACCUUUAUAAGACGAAAGAAAAACAAUGAAUGGACAAUUUUGAGACUUCAGACAUGUGAUUUUGUGACAAAUACAUUGAAAUGGGCAACCUGAUCAAUGAAGCACAUUCAGUCUGGUGUGUCCUGUGCCGCUAAAGAUGGGAAAAAAGCACUACAUAACCAAAGCUCUUGCAAAUCGAGGUGCCGGAUUGCGUGUAUAUAGUCGCACAAAAGUGGAGUUGGAAGAAGAGGCUCGCACUUCAUUCACCAUCUUCAUUUUUUGUAUUCUUGUGUAGGAUGUUCCACUCCUAGCAAGGCAAUUUGUUGCAGUUAAUAUAUUUUUGAUAGUCUCAAACUUCGCAAAUCUGUGACCUUUCUGAACAAUGCCUCAAAUGUACUGAAUUUUUGUAUUUUUUGUAUUUGUAUGCCUUUAAGGUUGUACUGUUACAAGUUUUAAAACCCUAUGGGUUAAUUUUUAUAUAAAUAAAGUGUAUUUUUUUAAACUUGUA